CACCAAAAUGCUCGACAUUGACUGGAAGGGCCUUGCCCUUCCAUUCGCCUACCUCAUCGUCCUCGGCGGCGCCCUCAUGACCUUUUCCACAAUCUAUCGAAGACGGAAGGCCGCUGAAAGCGCAAACCUCGCGCCCUGGUUCGGCCCUCACCUCCAGCGCGACAUCUACCUCUCCCUCCUGCAUCUCGAUCCCGAAGAGGGCUCCGAAAAGGCCCCCAAGGUUCCCGACGGCGUCCUGCGAGCCGCCCUGCUCCGGCGCGCCGUCGAGGACAUUGAGCGCCUGAUCCACAUUAAGACCGCGAAGCAGGCGUGCGGAGCGCUGCUCCAGAGGGGAAGCGUCGGUGAUGACUUGUGGCAGCGAUUUCUACGCGCGGAGAAGGAAAUGGAGGAGGAGCUGAGAGACGUCGUUACCGAGGCCAACGCCCUGGCACCAAACUGGGGCCCCAUCAUCUUCCAGUCUGCGCACGAAAUCGCCGCCAACACCAAGCUCCGCCAGCGCCUUGAGGAGAUUCAGUCGCAGACCGAGGCCGAGAAGGCUUGGUGGUUGAAGAAGCGGAGCCAGAUCCAGGCCGAGUUCAUGAAGGAGCUUGACGAAUCAGAAAAGGGCUCAACAAAGGACGGUCACGAGGAUGAUGCCGUGGUAGUUGACUCCCCUUCCAAGAAGGGAGGCAAGAAAUAA